UUCCUUUGCUACAAAUAAAAUAACAUUUUUAACACCAUGAAUGAUACAAUUUGCAUUUAAUUUAUUAGUAUUAUUUUUUUCAUCAUUCACAAUGUUCUUGAAUCCAAUGAUGCCUUGCACAAGACAACUUUAUGCACAACUUCCGGUGACGUCGUUUCCUCACCAGCCUCCCCUCUCCUUUUCUUUUCCCUCCUGAGUUUGAAGUAAACUUGAAGUCAAAGUGUAAACUCCUCCUCUGUCCUGAAGAUGUCAGAAAACUUAAAGUUACAGCUUUAUCUCUGACUGUUACAUAGCUCUGACACUGGAGACUCCUUCCAUCAAUGUUACAGCGCAGUACAGAAUGGCGCAGUGGGAGCGUCUGAAGCAGUUGGACUUGGUGUGUUUGCAAAGGGUAGAUGAGCUGUACCACACUGAUGCUCUACCCAUGGCUGUGAGAGAAUAUCUCGCUCACUGGAUAGAGGAGCAGGACUGGGAAGGGGCUUCGCGGGACUCGUCCCGGGCCGUGGUCCUGUUCCAGAUCCUGUUGGAGAACCUGGAUAAUCAGUACAGCCGGUUUGUGCAGGAGAAUAAUUUCCUCAUGCACCGUAAUUUCCGUCACUUCAAGCAACAAUUUCAGCAGAGGUACCAGGAAGAUCCGUGCAGGCUGACUGAAACCAUCAACUGGUUCCUGCGUAAAGAGCAAGAGAUUCUGAAGGCUGCAGAGCUGGCACAAGAAGUGCAGAUGUUACAGGUUCAGCAGAGCUCCAUGGAGUCGGAAAAUCAGAGACACUUAGAGAAGAACAUCCGAGAUUUUAAGAGCAAAGUCCAGACGAUGGAGCACUCACUGAGGUCUUUGGAGGAGCAGCAGGACGAGUUUGACUUCAAAUAUCAGACACACAAGAUGGAUGGAACGACAGACGAAACGGAGAAUAACAGGCAGAUAAAAGAGCUUAAAGUGAUGCUCAACAGACUCAACACGGCUAGAAAGUCGUUUCUCUUGGAGACAGCGUCUCUGCUGAGCAGUGCCGAUCAUCUCCUGUCCGUGCUCUUGGAGGAAGUGAAGGAGUGGAAGCGCAGGCAGCAGGUCUCCUGCAUCGGGGCUUCGGAAGACACCAACCUCGAACCUCUGGAGAAAUGGUUCACUGCGGUGGGAGACGGAAUGUUCCAACUGCGUAAGUUCCUGCAGAAACUGGAGGAGCUUCAUGGCAAGCUGACUUACGAUGAAGAUCCCAUCAAGACUCAAAAGCCCGGGCUACAGGAACGAGUGGACACAUUGCUAACCAGUCUGCUGAAGAGCGCUUUUGUGGUGGAGACGCAGCCCUCCAUGCCGCAGGGUCGAGGUCCCCUGGUCCUGCGCACAAGCAUCCAGUUCUCAGUCAAAGCCAGGUUUCUCUUUAAGGUUCCUGAACUCAACCAUGCCAUGAAAGUGAGCGUGUCCAUUAACAAGGACGCCCCGAAUGUGAAAGGGUAUCGCAAGUUUAACGUUCUGGGGACGUCGAGUAAAGCCUUAAACAUGUCCGAGAGCAUGAACGGUGGAAUGGUGGCAGAUUUCAGACAUUUGACUUUAAAAGAGCAGAAGGUUGGAGCAGGAGGGAAAGGCAACAAUGACCUGUCUCUGAGCGUGACCGAGGAGCUCCACACCAUACACUUUGAGACGCAGUUCAACCUGCACGACCUGUCUGUCCCUCUGGAGACGUGCUCGCUGCCUGUCGUAGUGAUCUCUAACUCCAGCCAGCAGCAGAGCGCCUGGGCGUCCGUACUGUGGUUCAACAUGCUGUCUACUGACCCCAAGAACCUGGUGUUCUUUGCGAGUUCUCCCGUAGCGACCUGGUCUCAGCUGGGGCAGAUGCUGAGCUGGCAGUUCCAGUCGUGUGCUAAACGAGGCCUGGACGCAGACCAGCUUGAGACUCUUGCGCAGAAGCUCUUCGGAAAACAAGACGAUUAUGAAAACUGUAAAAUAUCCUGGACCAGAUUCAGCAAGGAGAACAUUCUUGGGCAGAACUUCACGCUGUGGGUUUGGCUGGAUGGAAUUCUGAACCUGGUGAAGGUCUACCUCGCCAAUAUGUGGGAGGAUGGGUCCAUCAUGGGUUUUGUGAGUAGGGGGACGGAGAAGGUUCUGCUGAAGAAGAAACAGGGUGGAACGUUCCUCCUGCGCUUCAGUGAAAGCAUCAGAGAUGGAGGAAUCACGUUCAGCUGGGUGGAGUACUCUAAUAAAGGUAACCCCAACGUGAGGACGGUGCAGCCCUUCACCAGCGUGGACCUCAAGCAGAUUCCUUUCCCCGAGAUCCUGCGCAACUUUCAGAUCAUGGAGGCGGAGAACGCGCCCGUGUACCCGCUGCAGUUCCUCUACCCCAACACGCCUAAAGACCAGGUGUUCGGCAAGUACUACAACGAGAAGACUGGAGAUCAAAGUCCCUACAUUAAAUACAUUAAAACCAAGCUGGUCUUCGUUUCAAAAGAGAAUGGGUGUACGAGCGCGCCUGAAGGCCCAGCGCCUGAGCCGUGUGCUCAGCACAACGACCCUCCUUCACCUUCUGACGUGAACAAUGACAUCAUGCUGCGAGGCCCAGAGAACUCGCCGAUGCUCUCUGGCUACGGCGACAGUCCCACUCCGCCCGACAGCAUUCUGGAUACUUCUUUCAACGACGUUCCAGAAGAUCUCCUGGGAACUCUGGACCUCAUUACAGAUCCUUUCGCAGAUGUUCCUCUGAAGGGCUCCCACGGUGCCACACCCCUCCUGGACAUGCUCGCCGAGGCGUUUUCUCCCGCUGAUCUGACGCCGCUGCAGGAGUUUCUUAACGACCCAAACCUCUUGGAGGGUGUGAACCAUCAACUUUGAUCAUUUGAUCCUGUUAUUCUCUCUAAAAAAAAAAUAAGUCUGUUUAAUUUCUAGUACUUUUUAUUUCCUAAAGCUAUCCUGUGGUGCUGGGACGCUACUCUACGCAUCGGCUGCUGGGGCUAAACGAUUGGGAGGGAAAAAAAAAAUCAGUGAACAUCUAUUACAAUGUAAUUCUGUUUUUUUUUCCCCCACCGGACAGUGCAGAUUUACAGAUCGGUAAAUAAACCAUGGUAAUGCGUUUAGUCGUUAUUUCUUGAGGACUGAAGAAAUAGUACCUGCGCUCGUGUAACGGACAGGGAUGUGUGGGCGGAGCUAAAAACAGUCCGGACCAAUGAUUAGUCACAGUGAUCUUCAGCAGUGUAGUGACUGUCUCUCUCUUCAAAUCUCGUGUUGGUGUUGCAGUAAGACACUGAUAACCAGAUAGCCUCAAACAAAAUGGAGUCCCGAGGCUAUCACGCUUGACCCGUGCUGCACGCUGCUGUGUAGUGAGUUUUUAGAGUAACCGCAUAAUCGCAGUAGAAAGUAGACAACAUGCGAUCAUCCAGCGUACAGUCUAGCACCUCGUUUUGUGCGGUUUUAGACAAACCUUUGUUCAAGGUUUAAUUAAUCAAUCAAUUAAUUAAUGAAUUAACCGAAUGGUCAGGUUUCAGCAGAAUCUCCAGCCCAGCUACAUCUCAAACACGACACAAGACACCUGAAACUAGCCCAAAAAAUCUGGCUGUUGGAAAGGCAGACACAUUUUUCUUCUUUUUCUCAGCUUUUUCUGAUGACAUUUAAUUCAGUUUAUUUGCUAGAAAACAAGAUCUUUUUCGACACAGCUUAUUUUUUUAAACCAGCCCAUUCUGGAGCCCGUCAUUAACUGCCCUGUCUGCUCCUCCUACUGAACAUGUUCAUAGCGUGGGGCAGGAGGAAUCCUGCCCAGAUGGACGUCUAUUAGCGCUUGUUGCAGUUCCCAUUUUUGACCACUAGGUGUAAUAAUAACUGGAUGGAAGCUAAGUGAGGCAGAGACAGAGAGCAAAUCACCUGAACAUCAGCUUAUAUCUGUCAAAGAACAUUUCUUUUUAAAUCAUUCGUGACUCAAAGAGGUGAUUAUCAUUUCACCAGAAUUUAAAAUGUAUGGAGCUGUCACUCAGGACUUUAUGAAGAGUAAUAUUUGUUGAAUGCAUAGUGCACUAUAUACACUGUAUGCUCACUACCUAGGGUAUAACUGUGGCACUGUAAACCCUACGUAGUGCACUAUAUGCUUACUUUGCGUAAGUUUUGAUCCCCGCCCCAUGAACUUUUCCACAGUUUUCACAACCUGGGGUUUAAUUGAGAUUUUAUGGCGUGAAUCUACACAAAACAGCACGUAAUAUUUCAGCUGAAGGAAAAAUCAAUCACUGUAGUUUGAAAAAGUAUUUCUAAAUAAAAAAAAAUUGUGCUUGCGUAAGUAUUCACCCCACAUUGCUGUUAAACCCCAAAAUCAGUUCUGGUGAAACCAGAUACCAUCAAGAGUGACAUAAUUAGCUGAAUUUAUUUAAUUAGUUGUCCUGUGUGGAAUGUGUAAAGUGUCAGAUGAUAUACAGAUGUAGGAAUACAUCUGUUCCUGGAAGAAUCCAGAGCGUGUUCGAGAACGUACCUACACACACACACACACACACACACAGCUGAAGGCCAAGGAGCGAGCCAAGACAAGUCCGGGCAAACUUCUGGAAAAAUUUCAGUCAGGGUUUGGUUAUAAAAAAUGUCCCAAACUUUGAAAUCCCUGAGAGACGAUCAUUCCAUGAUUAAAAAGUGGAAAGAUUACGACACAAGCGCGACUCUGCCUACAGGAGACCGACCACCAAAAAUCAGUCAGCGGGUAAAGAGGCCAAGUGUAAAGACAAACAAAAAACACCCCACAGAGCUGGUCUUCAUGGAAGCGUAUAUGAUCCUGUUUAGAGUUUACCAAACGUCAUGUUGGAACCUCAGCAAAUCUGUGAAAAGUUCUCAGGUCUGAUGAGAUCGAAACCGAACCUUAGAACAAAGCGCUGAAACCUUCACGUCGCCACUGUGAAGCAUGAAGGUGGUAGCAUCGUGUUGAGCAUCACCCUUGGCCUCUUGGUUGCUUAGUAACAGUGUAGCAACCUCAGAACCUCAUACAGUAACUGUAGUAACCGUACCAUAAUUAUACCGUAACCAUAGUAACCGUACUGCACUGCCCGGUGGAAAAGCUCUAACAGCGCAAAUUUGAUGAGCUUUCAUUGUCUUUUUCUUUUUCUUCUCUAAUUUACAUCCUGUCUUUUUUUUUUCUUCUUAUCACAUUCCCUCAAUCACAUCCUUUUUCCUUUCUCUUAUUUUUAUCCUCCUUGCUCUUUAUUUCUGUUUCUAUUUCUUUUAUUUCCCCCUUUCUUUCUUAUUGUCAUUUUUUUAAUCUCUAACAUAUACAGAUUUUUGGUCUGCCUGCUGUCUUCCUUUUGUCUUCCAAAAAUUUGUUUUCUUUCCGACCCAUUUCUUUCUUUCUUUUCUUUUUGCUUCAUUUUUGGUUUUAAAAAAUUGAGUUAUUUUUUUCUUUAGUAUUUUUAUCUCUUUAUCUUUUUUGUCUCUAUCUCUUUCUUUCUUUUCCGUCUUUCUUUCUCCUUUUCUAUUUCAUAUUGUUUUUUUUACUACUUUUUCUUUUGUUUUUCAUUUUUUUGUCUCUACCUCUUUCUUUCUUUCUUUGUACAGUACUUACGUAUGGAAAUGUGACUCUAGUUUCACUGCAGUUUUAAUUCUGUCUGAUUUUCACAUUCGGGGAAAAUAGCUAGUCUCUAAAUCCAGAUAAUUCAGAUUUACUCACAGUAUAAAAACCAGAUCAGUCUUUUUAAUUACAGAAUUCCUUAAUUCUUAUUUUUGAACCUGUUCUUCUUAUUAUAUUCUCCUCUUGGGUGACUGUUUCCCUCUGAAGUCAGUUCAGCUCUAUUAAGUGGCACUAAUUAAUAAUCUUAAAAAUGAUGGUUUUGAAUGUAGAAGUGAAAUGAUUGAUGUGAGAUUGAUGGUGAAAUACAGAAAUAUGACAUUCUGUCAACCAACAAAGCACUUUAUAAAAUUUUUAUAGAAAAUGAAAAGAACCUGAAAGCACUAUAUAGAUAAAUAGAAACCACUUUCCUUUAAGAUAAUAAUUAUUAUCUCAAAGGUCAAAAAUAUUUUGAAGGUACAUUUGAAUUAACAGCUGGAAUCUGAUGAAAGUCUGAUGUGACUUGAUGCCCUACUAGUAAAUGUUUUCUCCGCUCUGAAUUGUAAAUGCAAAAAUAAUAAAAAAGCUUCUUUGAACAAUUUUA